AUGGCCACUGUUUUGAUAGACACAUGUUUCCCCCCCAGCACUCCACCCCCAGAGACCUCAGUUCCCCCAGAGAAUCAGUUCCCCCAGAGAAUCAGUUCCCCCAGAGACCUGCCCAGUCCCCAGAGACUCAGUUCCCCCAGAGACUCAGUUCCCCCCAGAGACUCAGUAAGGUAUCGUCACCGACCUGGCUCCCCUACGUCACCGACCUGGCUCCUCUACGUCACCGACCUGGCUCCUCUACGUCACCGACCUGGCUCCUCUACGUCACCGACCUGGCUCCUCUACGUCACGACCCGGACCCUACGUCCUACGUCCUCGUGCCGACCCUACUCCUCUACGUCACGACCUGGCUCCUCUACGUCACCGACCUGGUUCCUCUACGUCACCGACCUGGCCUCCGUCACCGACCUGGCCUCUCUACGUGCCGACUCGUCUACGUCACCGACCUGGCUCCUCUACGUCACUGACCUGGCUCCUCUGCGUCACCAGAUACCAGUGAUCAUGCAAGCCAGCGGGUACGGGAUCAAUGCUUUAAUCUGCCUUGAAGGGCACUGGUCUGACUGCCACCCGCCCAUCACUAGAUCCCAGCCACCCACCCAUAACCAGACCCUGCCACCCGCCCACCGUCAGACCCCUGCCACCCGCCCAUCACCAGACCUCUGCCGCCCAUCACCAGACCCUGCCACCGCCCAUCACCAGACCCCUGCCACCCGCCCACCGUCAGACCCCUGCCACCCGCCCAUCACCAGACCCCUGCCACCCGCCCACCGCCAGACCCCUACCCCGCCCAUCCACCAGACCUCUGCCACCGCCCAUCCAGACCCUGCCACCCGCCCAUCACCAGACCUCUGCCACCCGCCCAUCACCAGACCCCUGCCACCGCCCAUCACCAGACCCCCUGCCACCCGCCCACCGCCAGACCCCUGCCACCGCCCAUCGCCAGACCCAUGCCACCCGCCCAUCACUAGACCCCAGCCACCGCCCAUCACCAGACCUCUGCCACCGCCCAUCACCAGACCCAUGCCACCGCCCAUCACUAGAUCCCAGCCACCCACCCAUAACCAGACCCCCACACCCGCCCAUCACCAGACCUCUGCCACCCGCCCAUCACCAGACCCCCGCCACCCGCCCACCGUCAGACCUUGCCACCUGCCCAUCCAGACCCCUCACCGCCCAUCACCAGACCUCUGCCACCCGCCCAUCACCAGACCCCUGCCACCCCCACCAUCACCAGACCCCUGCCACCCGCCCACGUCAGACCCUUGCCACCCGCCCAUCACCAGACCCUGCCACCGCCCAUCACCAGACCCCUGCCACCCGCCCAUCACCAGACCCCGCCACCCGCCCACUGUCAGACCCUUGCCACCCGCCCAUCACCAGACCUCUGCCACCCGCCCAUCACCAGACCCUGCCACCUGCCCAUCACCAGACCCCCGCCACCGCCCACCGUCAGACCACCACCCGCCCAUCACCAGACUUCCCCACACACACUUUAACAUAUUAAAAUAG